AUGAUCCCUGCAGAAAAGCUGAGAUUGGUGAAGCAGGACCUGGGACUGGAAGGAACAUUCCUCAAUGAAGUUCUCUACAAAAAUGCAACUUUUCUCAACUUGGUGGAUCCUAUCUCCCAUGACUUGCUGAUGAGCCUUGCUAGAGAUCUGCAGUGUCCCAAAAAGGAAUAUGACCCCUGGAAAUCCUCAGACAGAAUCUGCAGGCAGCUGAUUUACCACCUAACCCCCCACUCAAAAUGGCACCGGCACGGCAUGCCUCGGAGGAAGUCCCAAGUGUGCCUGAAGACCAGCCUGCAGAAGAAAGUGUGCCAGGACUCCAUGGAUUUGUCAGGGAUUCCUCUGACCAUGAGGGAUGUCCACCGCAUGGCCUACUACCUGCAGAACAAUGGGGACCACCUCACCUCUGUAGACCUGAGCUUCACCGAGCUGAAUGAUGACAUGGUGCGCCUGCUGCUGCCCUUCCUCUGGGCACUACCCAGGCUCACACACCUUUCCCUCAAUGGCAACCGACUGACACGGGCAACCAUGAAGGAGCUGACCGACACCAUGAAGGACAUGAACAAGUUUCCUUGCCUGGCCUGGGUUGACCUCGGCAACAACGUGGAUGUCUCCUCCAUGCCACAGCCACUGCUAGUGGGCCUGCGCAAGCGCCUCAGCCAGCGGACCACGCUGCCUACCAUCUAUGAGGCGCUCGACUGCGACUCUGAGAUCUCCAGCGGGCACGAGGGCAGCCAGCCAGAGGAGGAUGCAGCAGAGAGCACCCCACCACGUGCUUUCUCUCAGCAGGGCUGUGAGAGGUGACUGGACAACAGGCUGAUGCUGGCACACUGAAGCCUCCCCAAGGAGAAGUCUUGACUAAAAACAUCAAGCAGAGGGCCAGCUUUACCAUCUUCCUUUGGCUCUUUUCUCUCACCUUCCCUGAUAUCUCCCCCAAAA